AUGAAGUUCAAGACGUACAUUUCUAAAGAUUCUAAGCUGAAAGACACUAUUGCUGCUCUGGGCUGGAGCAACAAUGAAGACGUAUACAGUUGUGGCGAAGAUCAACAGGUGUACAAGUGGAGCUCUACUAAUCGGGAAAUGGUCCAAGUGGCUAAACUUCCCGAUGGAUUCGUAACAACAGAUUUGCAUUGGCUCAUUGGUAAAGGUACAGGAUUGGGUACACCGGGAGCAAAUGCACCCGGUGGCAGCAAAGGAGGCGAAUCCUUGCUAAUAGCCGGUGCGGAUGGUCGGUUUGUAAUAUUGAAUAAAAGUGCACGCAUCGAACGCAAUGUAUCGGCACAUACUGGGCCGAUUGUGACUGCUCGCUGGAGCCCUGACGGUGCCGGUUUGCUCACAGCCGGUGAGGAUGGUAUCAUCAAAAUUUGGUCUCGCUCAGGAAUGCUACGGUCUACAGUUGUGCAAAACGAAGGCCAAAUCCGAUGUGCUAGAUGGUCUCCCAAUGCUACGGCUAUCGUGUAUUGCCAAGGACCGUUUGUGGCAGUCAAACCGCUGGCUGCCAACAGUAAGCUAACGAAAUGGAGAGCACACGAUGGGUUGGUCCUGUGUCUGUCGUGGUCCAACAACACGAAUGUGAUCGGAACUGGUGGCGAGGACUGUCGUUAUAAGAUAUGGGACACUUUAGGGACGAAUGUAUAUACGAGUGUCGCCGAUGAUUAUGCCAUCACAUCGGUUGAUUUCUGCCCCGAUGGGGAACUGCUAGCGAUCGGAGGAUUCAACAUGCUGAAGCUGUGCCAUUAUACCGGGUGGAGUCACAGUAUCGUAAGAUUUAAUCAGCAAGUGAGUGGAUCGCUUUUCAACAUAGUGUGGUCCGCAGAUAGCACUCAAAUUGCGUCCUCUACUAGCACCGGGUCUUUGCUGUUCGGGCACAUUAUCGAACGUGAGCUAAGAAAUCGAAACCUGAAAGCAAUCACCACUGGGCGAAAAACGAUCCAAUUGCAAGACAUUGUGGCACGCACUAGUGACACGUUGGAUUUCUCUGAGAGGAUUAUCAAAUGGGAACUAGGAUACGGCCAUUUAGUGGUAGCUACGAUUCAUCAAGUGCACAUUUUCAACGAACAUUACAUAAAUACCCCGAUCAUCAUAGAUGGUCGCAGUGAUAUUCGCAUUAUCAUGCUUGGAAAGAAACAUUUCAUCUUAGUUGAUUACAACUCCAUAUGGAUUUACACGUACACCGGACGGUUACAUUUGAAUCCACGCUUUCCUGGAUCUCAGGCGCAAAUACCUCACCUGAAUGGACGAUGCAUAUCACUAGGAAUGGAUUGCUUGGCCAUACGCGACCAUUCCGAUCAAACCAUCGUGCAUGUGUUCGAUCUGCUGCCUGGUGCCACACGGCAGGAAGAACCAUACAGCAUCCACAGCAAAUCCCCCAUAGUAGAGGUUGCUGUGUGCCGAUAUGGUAUUCCGGAUGAUCAGUAUCUUGUGUUUAUUGAUGCCAAUCAAGAUUUGUACAUUACAAACGUCCACAGUGGACCGGAAUAUGUAAUGCACAAAAUUGGAACCCAAGUUACAACAACGAUGUGGUCAUCUGAUACGAACAUUUUAGUAGGACUGCAUGACCUCAGCUACAGUGUUUGGUAUUGUCCUGGGGAAGCCUGCGGGGAUCCGACGUUAAUUGCGUUGACCACAUUUACAUACGACACCAGCGAGUUCGGUAAAAACAUAACUCUAGAGAAUUUUGAAGGAGCGAACAUAACGUUUCGUAGCUCGGGUGCGAUUUUCACUAUAUCGGUAAAAACCUACUGCGUAAUUCUUCACAAACUGUUCACAGAGAACCAUUGGGAUCGAGCUCUGAAGCUAUGUCGCCUAGCACAGAACCAUCUGUUAUGGGCCACGCUGGCAGCAAUGGCCUCGAAGCGAAAUCAGUUGGAAAUAAGCGAGGAAGCAUUUUCCGCAUCUUUGCAAAUUGAUAAGGUAAACUAUUUAAACUAUAUUAAAUCGCUGCCUCUGUCAAGCCCUGAACACAUGGCAGAAAACUCGAUCAUGAAUGGUCGCAUCCAAGAGGCUGAAAUCAUUCUCAUGCACAACAAGCGCAUUCCGGAAGCAGUUCGAUUUUGUCUACGGAUGCAUCGAUGGAACAAAGCACUAGAAGUGGCACUUAAGCAUGGUAUUGAUAUGGAGUUGGUACUGGAGGAACGCAGAAAAUACUUGCGGGCACUGGAACGGGAAGAAAACGAUGCACAAUUCUUAGCUUUGGACGAACGUCUCGAAUAG